GAUGCUUUGGCCAGAACUAAAGCCAAAGGAAAAACAAAAGCAAGCACGGCAUUGCAUACCAGCAAGUCGAUCGGCAACACUUGCACAACUGUUGCCCACUAUCCUCAUUCAUUCGUUGCUCCUCCUUCACCUGUCAUAAACGUAUAAAUUGUUUCUUCUGCAACCUCAUUCAUCUGGAGGUGCAAAUUAAUCAAUGGGUUAGAUUUCCGGAGCUUCUUGUCUCUGCAAGGCCUUCACUCAAACAUCAGUCAUCAUGCGUCGGCAGAGGAUUUAUGUGGACAACAUUGAAGAAGCGGUGCAACAGUUAAUCCCUUAUCUGGAGGAUACAAGCAGUACUGCACACAAGGCCAUCUAUUUUGAUGGAUGGGAUGGGUUGGCUGCUUCGGCGGUGCUUAGAGCUAUAGCUGAAGACCCUCCACCAUCUCUGCUGAAGAUAUUCAACAAGAUCAUCCACAUCGAUUGCUCCAGGUGGAAAAGCCGAAGAGCUCUCCAGAGGACAAUUGCACAAGAAGUUCUUCCUCAUCGGGUAAUGGAUAUUUUUGAUAGGCAAGAUGAAGAAGAUGAUUUCUGUGGGAUAGACGAAGGCUCAAGAGCUGAAAUAGGAUUCAUUGGGAGAGAGAUCCUUCAAGUCCUUAUGGCGCACAGAUGUUUAGUGGUCUUUCAUAACGGAAGCAAUGAUAUGGUUAAUUUAAGCGCUUUUGGCGUUCCUCAACCAGAGUUUUUUGGUACUAAGAUAUUGUGGUCAUUUCGAGAAAGGCUUCGGCUCAACCCAGGAAUUAGUGAGAAGGUGGAUGAUUCCAAUCUUUUUCUUUAUGCACACAAUGAUGAGCUGUGGAAUUUUCUGCUUAAAAUAGAGGCUAGAGAAAUUGUUGGGUACACAUAUAAGCUUGGUGAAGCAGUUGAAGAGUGUUGCUUGUAUUUGCUGUCAUUAAAUUCUCAGGGAGGCAACAUCAUGGACUAUGACUGGGCUACCCAUGCUUCUAACUAUUGGGUCUGUGAUGGGAUUAUAAAAGGAGAUCAGGAUGAUGAAGCAUGGGAGGUUGCAGCUGCUCUGCAUCAACAAAUAAAUAUAAAGGAUUAUUCAUCUAAUUCACUGCCCACUUUUGGUGAUGAACUGAACACGCCUCUUGAACGGUGGAUAUUAUCCAGGUAUAACUCUGUUUUGUAUCCAUGGUCAACGUCCUUUUUUCUUGCUGGAACCGCAAGCAGAUCUGAUCCUCCAUCAAGACCCUUACCUAAUGACACGUUUCAUCAAUCGAACAUGCUUCGUGUGCUCAAGUUAUGCCGUUGCACCUUCUGUUUUUCUGCACCUCCUUUCGGUUGUUGCCGCAACUUAAGGUUCCUCGGAUUAGAUGCCUGCAAGGAUCAUCGAGUAGAAGAAGAUGAGAAGCAAGAUAGACCAGCAAUGGAAUGUUUUCAGAGCCUAUGGGUACUAGACAUAUGCCACACAGAUUGGGAAUUUGCCUUGUCACCAGAGAUAACAGAGCAGAUUGCUCGGAACAUUAGAGAGGUACACAUAAAGAAGGGAAGGAUUUGGCAACACAGUUUUACAUGGCGACAACUGCAAAACCUUCACAAGCUUCGAGUAAUUGAGCCUACGUCACCUUGGGGGACAGGCCAAAAUGAUGAAUUCACCAAUAUGGUUAAGUUGGAGUUCCUUGACCUAUCUGGGGAUAGUACAAUACAAGCUUUGCCAAGUAUGUCAGGGGCUACUUGCCUCAAGAUUCUGAUUCUCGAUGAUUGUGUUAAACUGGAAAGUGUGGGCCCGGAAGGACUACCGCCAUCACUUGAAUCCUUCAGCUUAGAUUGUUGUACAAGAGGGGAUCAGAAUAACAAUGCUCAAAUUUCUCAUAUCUCUUUGGCUGGUUGUGCAAGAUUGGUGAACUUCAAGUUGCGUGGAUCGCUUCCAAAUCUUGAGGAGCUAGAUCUAUCAGGCACAUUGGUCAAAACACUUGACCUGAAAGAUAAGGUGGUGCAGGCCCCAUGCCUCAAGCAAAUUAUUCUGUUGGGAUGUCUGCAGCUCCUUGCCAUAUUAUGGCCUAAAAAUGGUAUGCCAAAACAUACAGUGUUGCGCAUUGAUUCUUUAGUCUGUCUUGUUCAAGCAGAACUUCUUCAAGCAUAUGCUACUAUAAUGGACAUAAGGUUUCUUCAGACCUUGGUAUUAGAGAGUAAUGUUGAGUUCUGUUGGAAGAGUAGUAGGUUUCAUCUAAAUUUAUGUGUCCCAUGUACCAACAAAGUUGAGGAGCAAAGCUAUAAGAAUACUACCAUUGGUAGUGGUGGGCAUAUAAUGGGUCCUCCUCGGCUGAAGCCAAUAAUACCCAAUGCUUACAUCACCUACAUGGAUGUCGUUGUUGACAACAUGACUAUUGAUGAUUGCUAUAAUAGUGCACCGCAGUUUCAGCCGUUGGGCUCCCAUGUGGAGAUUGGUGAUGGAAUUAGUUUCACUAGAAUGGAGAGCACACAAGUAGUGAAGGCUAUCAUCUUUGUGAUGUACAAGGCUGAGUCGUUGCAUGCGCACGACAAUUCUUCCAUCAGCACUGUCAUCCCUGAACAUAUGAUGUCCAUGGGAGGUGAGAAACUUAUAUGGAAACAUCUGAAAUCUUGUCACAUUGUGAGAUGUCCCAAGUUGCACACAAUCUUCAAUAUUAUCUGGGGAUACAACAAAUUUAGAGAACUAGUAAACUUUUGGGCAGCUGAUCUCCCGAUGGCCCAUUGCAUUUGGAGCAGACAAAGGGCACGGGAUAUUGAGGACCCUGUUUCCUUUGCGAAACUGCAGAGCAUACACCUGUCCUCCUGCCCAAGGCUCACAUUUGUGCUCCAGUUUUCCAGGUUAUACACCUUGAGAAGGUUGGAAACCCUCCACAUCGUCUUUUGUGGUGAUCUAAGGCAGGUGUUCCCCGUGGAGCCAGAGAUUCUGACAAGCAUAGCUACAAGAUACCGUAAAGAUGUUCUGGGUUUCCCAAACCUGAAGCAUAUCUACUUCCAUCAGCUCUUCAAGCUGGAACAUAUAUGCCAGGCCAAGAUGUUUGCUCCCAAGCUUGAGACUAUCAGGGUCAGGGGAUGCUGGGGUCUCAGGCGCCUCCCCUCUGUUGGCCGAGAUAGCCGCCCUAUCGUGGACUGCGAGGAGGACUGGUGGAAGGCGCUGGAGUGGGAUGGGCCGGAGGCUGGCCACGACCCUUCCCUCUUCCGGCCGCGCCACUCGGCGUAUUACAAGAAGCCCCUGCCUAGAGUCUCAGUUCUACGGUGAGCUGACCAGGCGCUAUUCAGGUUUGGUUGUUGCAAAAAGAUGGCGACAUCUUGCUGCCGUCGACUGCUGCUGUUGCCGCAACGGUUCAGGUGUUUGCUUCCGAGAUUGUGGCUGUGUAUUUUCCCAAGAAUAAAUUGGUUCUGGUUUGAUGCUGUGUGUGUGCGUGUGUGUGUGUGUGUGUGUGCAGGCUUAAUUAUUUUCAGGUGAGGAACAAUAUAUGUGUGUUGUUUGGUUUGGUUUGGUUUGUGGUUGCAAUAAGAAGUGCUUGAUGUGUCUGUGGGUGU